AUGUCACCGCAGUAUCCAACGCGAGUGGUUUUAUUGGCUUGCGGUUCCUACAACCCAGUCACCAACAUGCAUUUACGAAUGUUCGAAAUAGCCAAAGAUUAUCUACACAAUAUAGGGAAUUGCGUGGUGAUCGGAGGGGUCAUUUCACCAGUACACGAUGCCUACGGGAAGAAGGAUUUAGUUUCGUCUACUCAUAGAUUGGAAAUGCUCAGAUCGGCUUUGCAGAAUCACGAAUGGAUCAGAUUGUCCGAUUGGGAAUGCAGACAGGAAAAUUGGUCUCUUACGAAGCAAGUUAUUCGGUACCAUCAAAACCAUUUGAACGCUGCGAUUAAUCGAAAUUCGGAAAACGAUCAGCUGGAUAUCAACGAGAACGAAUUAAAAUGGAUACCUGAAAAUGUAAAAUUAGAUAAUAGACCGAUUAAAGUGAAAUUAUUAUGCGGGGCCGAUCUGUUGGAAUCCUUCGGGACUCCCGGACUGUGGGCCGAUGAAGACCUGGAAGAGAUAGUGGGACAACAAGGUUUAAUCGUAAUAACCAGGAUGAACACAAAUCCGUCGGAGUUUAUAUACAAUUCGGAUUUGCUCUCGAAAUAUAUGGCUAAUAUAACAUUAGUAACAGAAUGGAUAACGAACGAAAUAAGCUCGACGAAAAUCAGAAGAGCCCUGAGAAGAAACGAAUCCGUUCGAUAUCUCGUUCCCGACAGAGUGCUGGAAUAUAUUUACAGGAAUAAUCUCUACGGAUCGCAAAGGACUUCUAAGUACCUACAGUUACCAUUUAGGGAGGCUUUUCCGACGCCAUCGCCCGACGCCGGCGUCGCGACGCCCUCCGUUCUCGUGAAUUGCUUGAACGCCUGCAACAACAACAACAACAACAACAACGUGUUGCACAAACGUGCAACUCUAUCGAUCGAUACGGUAGAUGGUUUCACCGGGCCCGGACACGCCGUUAAAAUAACCGGAGAGACGGUUAAAAUAACCGGGGACGGCGCGAAGGAGGUUAGUAGGGGCGGUGCACCGACGGAGGAGGAGGUUGAGGGGGGCUCGAGGGGGCGCGAAAAUCUCGUUAAAUUUAUAUUCACCAAGCACGGGAUACAGGUCAUUAGCGAUGUGGAGACGAUCGUCUGA